CUGGAAUUCAGAAUCAAGGACCCAAUUCUCUAAAACAUUCACCACAAUUGAUUCCAAUUCCACUGUUCUUGUUUGAUAUUAGCAAUUUGCUAUUAACUCGUUGAAGAUAUACAGGCAAUCUGGAAACAAACACAAUUGGAAGGACUCAUAUCCAAUUUUCAACCUAACAGGAAAAAAAAGGAAACACUGACAACAUCAACGACGGCUUUUUUUUUUCAUUCGAAGAAUUUAUUCAAAAGAUUUAGAAAUCCUAUUCGUUUCUUCUCUUAUCCACUAAUUUAUUAACGUAUACGACGUUUUAUUUUUAUAAUUGAUCUUAUCUGCUUCACUAUAAAUAUAUAAUAGUUAUCCCACCAUGUUUGGUUCAACUCUGGCGAAUAAUACUCCUGCUUUUACAUUUGGUGCAAAUAAUAAUAAAAAUCAAACUACUUCCACUGGCUUUUCAUUUGGUAACGCAAACAAAAACCCCAAUUCUGCUCUAGGGGGUGGUUCAGCGACUGGAACAUCUACUGGUUUUCUGUUUGGAAACAAUAGCAAUAAUAAUAACAAUAAUAAUAACAAUAAUGCUCCAACCGGGGGGUUAUUUGGUAAUACUUCUUCACCAAACAAUCCCACUGGUGGCUUGUUUCGAGCUAAACCAACUAAUACAACCGCUGGGGGUUUGUUUGGCAACAAUAAUAAUACUGCCAAUUCCACUCCAACCUCUGCAGGUAGUUUGUUUGGAAACACAAACAAUACAAAUACUGCUGGUGGUUUAUUUGGAAAUAAUAAUGCAAACAAUAAUAACACCACUGGUGGUUUAUUUGGAAGUGCAAACACAAAUGCAAAUGCUGGAGGUGGAUUAUUUGGAAACAAUAAUAAUAACAAUGCAAACACCAAUUCCACUGGAGGCUUAUUUGGAAAUGCAAACACAAAUACAAAUACAAACAAUGCUGGUGGUUUGUUUGGAAGCACUAAUACUACCAGCACAAACACUGGUGGGGGUUUAUUUGGAAAUCCUACUACAUCCAAUACAAACACCAACACCGGUGGUCUAUUUGGGAACACCAAUAAUAACAAUAAUACUAACACAACUGGUUCGUUAUUUGGAAAUACAAACACAAAUAAAACUACUGGUGGAUUAUUUGGUAAUACCAACAUUAACCAAAAUCAAAAUCAAAAUCAAAAUUCUGGCGGUCUUUUUGCAAAUAAUAAUACUAAUACCAAUACUAAUACCGUUGGCUUAUUUGGAAACACUAAUAAUACAUUUGGCAGCUCUAGUUCUGCUGGUCAAAAUUUAUUUGGUGGCUUGAAUAAUAAUAAUCAAGCUUCAUCCAUCUAUGGAAAUGCACCUACAAAUCUGUCGAAUUUGUUUAGCAAUAACAACCAACAACCAUCAUUAUUUCAACAGUCUACAACUUUAAAUCAAAAUCAAAAUCAAAACCAAAACCAAAACCAACUUCAAUUACUUCAAAUUCAACCACAGCAACCAAAUUAUACUCCUUCAAUAAUUGACCAAUUAAUUAAAAUUAAAAAUGCCUGGGAUCCAAACUCUCCUUCUUGUCUUUUAAAAGCUCAUUUUUACAAUAAAGUUCCUCAAAAUACUGCAAUACUAUACUCAAAACCAUUUAAUGAAUCUCAGGAAGAAUGGGACGAAGCAAUGUCAAAAAGACCUGGAAAUGAUUAUAUUCCCGUAAAGGCAUCUGGGUUUAACGAUUUAGCCAGAAGAAUCGAAGUUCAAACAACUCAUAUAGCCCAAUUUAGAAUUGUUUUGAAAAAAAUUGAAGAUAAAAUUAAAGUUAUUAAUGAUAAACAUGAAUUAGAUACUUCCACAAGAUUGAUAAACUGCAAGAAUAAACAAACUCAACUAUCUAGAAGAAUCUUGAGACUAGCUUGUAAUCUCUCAGUUUUAAAAUUAAAAGGUUAUCCACUUUCAAAAGAUGAAGAAAAUUUGGUAUCAGAGUUCAAUAAAAUUAUUGAUGGUUUAAAAAAUUCCAAUGGUUUGAACGGAAGAGUAAAUGAACUAUGGGCAAGAUUAGCCAUAUUAAGAGAAAGAAGUAACAUACUUACUCAGCAACUUGAAAACCAGUUGGCCAUAGUGAAUGAAGAAAAUUCACCGGAUAAUAAAAAUGGCAACAAAGAGUUUGAAUUAGAGACCAAGCAGCAAAUUGAUAAGUUGAUUCAGAUUUUGCAAAAACAGCAUGCCGGCAUUGAGUAUCUUUACGAGGUGUUAUCGAAAGAUCAGGAAGCUCUCACCAAAUUAAUCACCAAACAGAACUAGGGGUAAAAGUAAUUGACGUUUUUUGUAAUUGCAAUUCUAUUCAUGUAUAAUCUUUAUAUUUUAAUAAUGUAGAGGCCAUUUUCGAGGGUAAUUCCUGG